AUGACCUGGGCAGCUUACCACAGCAUCCAAGUCCCCAACGAUGCUCCUUUCAGACUCGGUGUCUCACCUGGGAAAGGAUGGGGUGUAUUUGCCACGCGAAAGAUCCUCAAAGGAGAAACGAUUCUACAAGAAAAGCCUCUCUUCGUCAUCCGGAAGCCCCAUCGGAUGAUUGAGGAAAGAGAUGUGUUUGCCGCCUACUGCGCACUAUCGAAGAAAGAGAAAGCCCAGUUCCUCAGUGUUCGAGACAAUGGCGACGGCAUCUUUCCAACCAUGGAGAGAGCUUUCGCAGAAAACUCGUUCACUAUCCCCGCACAACCUGGCAUGGCGCAUGGGUUCUUCCUUCUGCAUUCACGAUUCAACCAUUCUUGCCUUCCCAACUGCAAAAUUCCAGAUGACGCUCAACCUGACGACUCCAUUACCAGCUACGCCACCUGUGACAUCAAAGCCGGCGCCGAGAUACUCUUGUGUUACGAAACAGACUUUGAUUACAGAACUAGGGACGACCGUCACCGACUAGACCGAUCAUCGCUGAUGCUGGGUUGA